GGAAGUUUCUACGUGUUCAUCUUCGCGACAGUUCAGGAAGCAAACAGCUACAGAAAGCGAGCAAAGAGUUGGAGCUUUUUCAGCAAAAGCAGCAGGAUGUUGCCGACCACUUCGCCGCAAAGCAACGGCGCCCUCGACUCAAGAGAUGCUGCACGUCACACGGCGGGAUUCAAACGCUACAAGUACCUGCGGCGGCUGCUCCAUUUCAAGCAGAUGGACUUUCAGUUUGCCAUUUGGCAGAUGCUUUACUUGUUUACGUCGCCACAGAGAGUCUACCGCAACUUCCACUACAGGAAACAGACCAAGGACCAGUGGGCGAGGGACGACCCGGCCUUCCUGGUCCUGCUCGGCAUCUGGCUCUGUGUGUCGACAAUAGGCUUUGGUCUGGUGCUGGACAUGGGAGUGGUGGAGACCCUGAAGCUGCUGCUGUGGGUGGUUUUAGUCGACUGUAUAGGAGUCGGUCUUUUCAUAUCAACCCUCAUGUGGUUUAUCACCAACAAGUACCUCCUGAAGCAGCCAGGCAGAAACUUUGAUGUGGAGUGGGGCUACGCAUUCGAUGUUCACCUCAAUGCUUUCUUUCCUCUUCUCAUCAUCCUGCAUUUCCUGCAGCUGUUCUUCAUAAACCAUCUCGUGGUAAUAAACAGCGACUGGUUCAUAGGAUACUUUGUGGGGAACACAACGUGGCUGAUUGCCAUCGGCUAUUAUCUCUACAUCUCAUUCUUGGGAUACAACGCUCUUCCCUUCCUGAAGAACACGGUGGCGCUGCUGUACCCCUUCGCUCUGCUCGUCAUCGUCUACAUCCUCUCCUUGUCUCUGGGCUGGAACUUCACACAGGGCCUCUGCUGGUUCUACAAGUACAGGGUGCAGUAGGGGGCUUUUGUCUCUGAGGCGGGACACACAAACCAAUGAAUCUCCAGCUUCUUCCAGUCUGUGGGAAGGACUCGAGUCGAAAGACGAGCUGCUCCACUCUCUGUUGAUUUUCUGUCUGGCUCUGGUGUGGAUUCGGAGCUCUGAGGAUGUGUUUGGACUAGUUACAGAAAACAGGACGACGGAUGGGACGCAGCUUUUAUUGUUGUUUCUUUUUGUAUGAUUUGUAAAUAUUUCUGGCAGGUUGUAAUAUAUACACAGAUGAUUGUUUCUGAAGAGCGUUGUUUCUUUUCUUUAAAAAUAAAUCCUGCUUGUUGAAGAGAAAGUAGAGGGACAUGGGAUGGACACUUUUCUUUCUUCCUUUCUCUGAAUGAAGUGUACAUUCCUGAGCACUUUCAAUAAAAGGUUUUAUUAAU